CAGCAACCGCCUCCCCAGCUUCUUCCUCCUCUUCAGCAGCAUGUCUCGGGUAGAGAUCCCAUUACCCAUUAUGUGCUCGAUUUUCGUAACAUGCAUCCAUCGGUGUUCACUGUGGUUGAGGGCCCAGAAGAUGUGGUCGAAUGGCUUCAGCAACUAGAGAGUAUCUUUGAUCUGAUAUUCACCACUGAUGAGGUGAAAAUUCGUUGUGCUACGUUCCAAAAGACCGGAGAUGCUAGGACAUGGUGGUCCGACUACUGGAGGUUUCGUCCUUGUGCUGAGAGAGAUGCUCUGACUUGGGACCAGAUGGUUGCUAUAGUCAAGGAUAGGUACUUCCCGGAGGCUUACCGUGCCGAGAUGCUGCGAGAGUUUUGGGAGCUUAAACAGGAUGUCUACGAGCAUGACUUCACCCGCAUGAGCGUGUUUUCCCCGAUGCUCAUAAAUACCGAUGAGAGGAAGGCCGUUCAUUUCCGUGAUGGUCUUCGCCGAGAUCUUUGCUAUACCCUGACUGGCCACGGA